GUUUGAACCACCGAGUGUGAAUAAAGGCGGAAGUCCUGAAAGAGCUGCCGCUGUUCUGUUGUGAUCAUGGACACAAACGUGACCAAUUGUUAAAGUUGUCAGUGAUAAUAGUGGUUUAUAUCAGGUUUUCAUCAUGAGGAUAAAUGAAAACACUUUACUGGAAGGACACAAAGUCGUGUUGGUUCCUUACAACACAGAGCACGUGCCCAGGUAUCACGAGUGGAUGAAGUCUCCUGAGCUGCAGCAGCUGACGGCUUCAGAGCCGCUGACUCUGGAACAAGAGUACGACAUGCAGAGGAGCUGGAGGGAAGAUAACGACAAGUGCACAUUUAUCAUAUUGGACAAGCAGCGGUGGGCGGACCCCAGUGUAAAGGAGGAGCAGUGCAUGAUGGGAGAUGUCAACAUCUUCCUGACCGACCCAUCAGACCCGUCAUUGGCUGAGCUGGAGAUCAUGAUAGCAGAGCCAAGUUACAGAGGCAAAGGCAUCGGAAAGGAGGUGACGUGCAUGAUGAUGUGUUACGGAGUCACCAAACUCGGGAUUAAAAAGUUUCAAGCAAAAAUCGGGCUGGACAACGAGGUCAGCAUCGCCAUGUUCAAGAAGCUCCACUUCCACGAGGAGUCGGUGUGUCAGGUGUUCAAAGAGGUGACCCUUGAGAUGACGGUGGAUGAGUCUGUUCGGACGAGGCUGCUGGACGACGUGACCUACAUGAAGGAGAGAGACUACAGACAGACCUGCAGCAACAAACAGGAAGUGAUUUCACAGUGACGUGUCGCGCUGGGCUUCACUCACACGUCCUAAAGACUUCCAACGGUGGGAAAAAACUCUGGGACACCAAACUGGAAACUGGUUUGUAGUUUAGACUUGAGUCUCCUGUUCACCUUCAUAUGCUGCUUGGUUGGAAGUUAUCAGAAGAAACUCUCAGCUGGAGAAUAUAAAUAAAUCUUUAUUUUCCUCUUUCUCUCUUUCCAUGUCACUUUCUUUCAUUUCUUCCUUUUUACUUUUAAUAUUUAUGUAUUUUUUUUAACUGAAAACAUAAAAAUCCCCAAAACUGAUAUGAUGUUUUCACCAGAAGUCUGUUCUUCUUUACAGUCAUUGCUUUCAUUUUGGAUACUUUGGGACAUUUAACUGUUAAUUCUUGUUUACUUUUACUCAAGUAAAAAUCUGAACUCAGA